UGAAAAUUCUGCGUUUUGACACACGCUCCAGCAUGAUGCUGGUGCUGCUCAUCUGAGGACCGUACUUUUAAGUAGCAAAGAUCUAGAUCCUGUCUAGCAGAAAACAAGAUUAUCUUCUUACCCAAAAAGAUGAAACCAGCUGGGUUACUUUCAAAAGACAACCAAGUGAGCACCGCAGACUAAUGAGUAGGAUCAAUAAGAACGUGAUUUUGGCGCUUUUAACUUUGACAAGUUCUGCAUUUCUGCUGUUUCAGUUGUACUACUACAAGCACUAUUUAUCAGCAAAGAAUGGAGCUGGUUUAUCAAAAUCCAAAGGAAGCCGAAUUGGAUUUGAUGGCACACAGUGGCGCACAGUUAAAAAAUUUAUUAUGCUAACAUCCAGUCAAAAUGUACCUGUGUUCCUUAUUGAUCCUUUGAUUCUGGAAUUGAUUAAUAAAAACUUUGAACAAGUCAAGAAUGCUUCUCAUGGCUCCGCUUCAGAAUGCAAGUUUUUCUGUGUUCCAAGAGACUUUACUGCAUUUGCACUACAGUAUCACCUAUGGAAGAAUGAGGAAGGCUGGUUUCGGAUAGCUGAAAAUAUGGGAUUUCAGUGCCUAAAGAUCGAGAGCAAGGACCCCCGGCUAGAUGGGAUAGACUCACUUUCUGGAACUGAAAUCCCCCUGCACUACAUCUGCACAUUGGCCAGUCAUGCUGUCCACUUGGUGGUCUUUCAUGAGAGGAGCGGCAACUACCUUUGGCAUGGCCAUCUACGGCUCAAAGGACACAUUGACAGGAAGUUUGUUCCUUUUCGAAAGUUACAGUUUGGUCGUUAUCCUGGAGCUUUUGACAGGCCAGAGUUACAACAAAUUACUAUUGAUGGAUUAGAAGUUCUCAUUCCAAAAGAUCCAAUGCACUUUCUAGAAGAAAUACCACACUCUAGAUUUAUUGAGUGUAGGUAUAAAGAAGCUCGAGCAUUCUUUCAGCAAUACCUUGAUGAUAACACUGUGGAAGCUAUGGCCUUUCGGAAGAAUGCAAAGGAAUUGUUGCAACUAGCAGCCAAAACGUUAAAGAAAUUGGGAGUACGGUUCUGGCUGAGCAGUGGAACUUGUCUAGGAUGGUAUCGGCAGUGUGGCAUUAUUCCUUAUAGUAAAGAUGUUGACCUAGGAAUUUUUAUACAAGAUUACAAAUCUGAUAUUAUUUCAGCAUUUCAAGAUGCAGGACUCCCACUCAAACACAAAUUUGGGAAGGUAGAAGACAGCUUGGAACUAUCUUUCCAGGGAAAAGAUGAUGUAAAACUUGACAUUUUUUUCUUCUAUGAAGAGACUGACCAUAUGUGGAAUGGAGGCACUCAGGCCAAAACAGGAAAAAAAUUUAAAUACCUGUUUCCCAAGUUUACACUGUGCUGGACCGAGUUUGUAGACAUGAAGGUUCGCGUGCCCUGUGAAACCAUCGAGUACAUCGAAGCCAACUAUGGUAAGACCUGGAAGGUUCCUGUGAGGACAUGGGACUGGAAGCGCUCUCCCCACAAUGUGCAGCCCAAUGGAGUCUGGCCCGUUUCUGAGUGGGAUGAGGUUAUCCAGUUGUACUGACACAGUAGGUUGAAAUGGUAGAAUUCCCCUCCUGCACAAAAGGGAGAUGACUGUUUAAAAAGAUACGUGUCUAUUUGUCAAACAUAAGUAGGAGCCAAAGAAAAAUGACAAGUUUGAAGAUACAGAGAGAGUCCUAACUCCUGAGCCAACUGAUUUAAUUCUCUCAUUUUACAUUUAUUAAAGUCUCCAUGUACCAGGUACAAUGCUAGGUUACAGUGGAGAAGCAGAGAUGAGUGAGACAGAUGCCUGCCUCUUUUCCCCCUCCCUUUGGUAAGCACCCCAAUUUUCCUUUGAGGGAAACACCCUCACCCUUUGAAGAGCUUAUAUAGAAUACGAUAUGUUCUGUAAGUGCUUUCAAAAUGUUAAAUAAUUAACAUUUUGGACGAUGGGCUUACCAGGUGCAGCUAAGGAAGGAUAUACUAGUAAAAAAGAAUAACCCGUGUAAGCUUGUAUGUUAGGGCUACUUUUAAGGUGUGGAGGCUGAGUUAAUAUUCAAGUGAUCAGACUUCAGGUGACAUCAAGAAAAGAUGCUAGCAGAUUCCUGUUACAAGCAACCUGAUGUGGAAUUGACUUAGAGCACAGAGCAUUAUAUAAGAGAAUGACAGCUUAUUUCUAGCCUUGUCAAAGAUACAUAAAUUUCCAUACACCUUCUAUUUUCAUAUUUGAAGUGAAAAGAAAGCUUAUGCUUGUGUGAUGCUUAAAUUUCCAGCCAUUGUGAGAAUAUUUUCACUGACCUGAUGGUACUUGUUUGACAAAUCAUUCAAGUGAGACCAUGCUACCAGGCAUGAUAUCGAAAGGGUGGUGAUUUCAUAAAACAUAUUUUCCUUAUUUCAUUCUCAGUCAAUAGGUAAAGUAUGAGCAAUUCAUGGUCAUUUAAUAUUUUCUGAAUUUAUAAUCCUUGUACUCCAAUUUUAAUGUUAACCCUAAAAUAUUAAUAGAAAUACCUCUACUUUUUCUAAAUGUACUCCUCAGUGUAUUCAUUCAUCAAUCACAGUUCCAUAUCUUUCACUUAUAGCCUAUAAACCAAUUUCCAUGGUAUGUAAACCUGCCUGUUCACUCUCCUCUUCCAGCACUACAUCAGGACUCCGAAAUACAGAUAAGUGGCAAACCUGAGAGCUGUUCUCCACCCCAGAUCAUAGUAUUUGUAAAGUUUGUAUUGGUUCCUAGUUGUCCUAUCUAUUGAAUAUCAAUGGGGCAAGAACUCAGACAUCCCUACUUUGUCAAGUACCACCUACUCUGAAACCCUCCAGUUUCCUUUUUCCCCUCAAGAUAUGUCCCUCAGUGGACUGGGAUGGCUGUGUCUCCCCAUCACGAGUCACUUUAAUUAUGUAUUGUAAGUGACAGGUAAAGGGAUAUUAGGCACAGAGCAUUGCUAUCUUUUUCUUUGUCCAGGAUAGGAAGCUAAGUGUUACAUUUUAUCUAGGUUGCUUAGGACUACUUUCUGGACCAGAUUGGCAGAUUUUCGCGAAAACUAGAGAAUAAUAGGAAUGUCAGAAAUGGAAACCAGAAGGUCUGAGAGAACGGGCUGAUAGUUUCCCUAAAACAAAGUUGGGGAAACCUACAACCUACAACCACCCCACUCCAAAUUUUAAAAACAACAAAAACUUUUUUUUUAUAAGUGGUAACCAAUGACCUUCCUCUCUUAGGAUGAGCUUUCAGUGCAUAGUCACUGGGUCUUCUUAUAAAAACCUAACAUAAUUUAGGUUUUCAGGUAACCUUUAUAGAUUACCAGUAAACUUGUCCCCAGAUGACAGGCCAUUGUAAUCAGCUUUCUUUUUGCUAGAAAAUCAGCCCAUGGAAAUCAUACCCAAAUUCUAAAUAGCUGAACCUAAUUUUUUUUUUAUGGUUGAAAAAAUGUAACAGGUAAUAAUAGUGUUCCCAGGCAAAAUCCACCCUGUUUAUUGAGGACCAUUUGGUCGUACUUAGUGUCUAAAAGUGCAUACACUACACAUUUCUGCCCAUUUCAAAUUGGGACUCCCACUGUUUGCCAGGGGGUGUCUUACCCACCCCCUGUUUAGGUUAUUUCUUUUUAUCUGUCCCCGGAGUCCAAGGUCUUGAAGCAUUCAAACAUCUAAGCUGUCUUGGCCGCAUGGACAGAGGUUCCAUAUACAUCCCUCUAUAGACCACUGGCUGCUAGAAUACCUUUUUUGACUGCCUUCUGGUUUCACAGAGUUCAGAUCUCGGGUCCUUCCCUAACUUGGGAGAAUGAAAGCCCUUCCCAAACUCUGAAAGCCAGGCUUGCUCUGUUACAGAUUCAGCUACACUUCAUCCUAUACUUCUUAACUGUUGCACUCUGCUGAGUGUCCAGAGACCUUGGCUCUACCAUUAACACCUCAUCAGAUCACUUUUCUUUCCUCACCUGAGUGUUCCAAUAAUAAUUCUCCUAAUCUGUCCACUUCCAGGUACAGUUUGCCUGGCUUACCAGGAGAAAACCUCUUAUAUUAACUUGUUUAGCACCCAUGGAUGUCCCCAGAGAGGUCCUAAGAGUCAAGAUUGACAACCUCUCACUUGACAACCAGGUGACCACUCAGUCCUUCUCUAAGCAGGGAGCACUUGUCCUUCUCUCCUCUGCUGCAGCUGCUGACAUCUGGAUCCUGGAAUAAAACCUCAGUUCUCCAAACUGAGCAUCCCUGAGAAGCUGGGCAGUGGGGCAAACCCUGAAAUAUGACCACUAGAUGGCAGAAUGUGUGCCACCAUUCCCCCCCAAACAAGUUAACACUCAAGUGAAAAUCAUCUUGCUCUUGAGUCUUAAGAGCCAGAGGGGCCCUCACUGCAACACUCAAUCUAACCCUUUUAUUGUAUAGCUAAAUAAAUAAGCACAGAAAGGAGUGACUUGAGCAAGAAAGAGUUGAGGCUCUAAGGGUGCCAUGACUCCCAGCACAUGCCUGUUUCAUUGAUCACAGCACAACAUCUUUAGCCCUGCUUGACAUGCUUGACAGAGAAGUUUUCAGGAUGUUUUUGCCAUCACCCACUUAAUAUCUUUCUGCUCCAAUUUAGAGUGUGAGGUGACAGAGGAGGAGCGUUUUGUCCAAAAUGCUUACACUGUCUUCAUACCUUUAUCUAAAACAUGCCUUAUCUCCAAAAGGUGAAAUAGUUCAUAUUUGGAGGCAUCAGCCUUUGGUCAUUAUAUUUUUCAUAUCCAGGAGUACCUGAUUCCCUUAGGCUCAAGAUGUGUCCCAUUUCUGCCUACCUCUCUACUUCCCCAGGAAACCAUUAGCACCAAUCUACUAAGUGCCCAUUUCUGAAGAUUCCCUCCUCUUCCUCUUUAUUGAUACUCUCUUAUGGAGGAUCCAAGAAAUUGAGAAUAGAUUAUGCUCAUUUCUUUUUUUUUUUUUUGUGACCCUAAACCAUUGUGUCUAGCCUUACAGGCUACAAAGCUUCAAAUGGCACAUAGGACAGCAAGGUGUUACACGGGAAAGCAGGGGUAGAUUGGGGACCAGAGCUGCAUCUGGGAAACACACUUGGAAUGAAUUCCCACACUCCAAUAAACCCUCACCCAAUGUCACAAGCCUAAGGCUGCAAAUGUUUCUAAGUCUCCACCUAGUUUCACCUUCUGAAAAAUGAACAGUUCUCUCAUUCUUAGUAUUAUAAAUCCCCAGGGGAAACUUCCCCUCAAAACCCGGUCAGAGAGAGUGCCACAUUCCCACCUUCUAACACAUAGCCAUCAUUUGUAACAACUUUAAAGCAUGGGAAAAACUCUAGUUCUUGACCAUUCAAAAGGAUUUCUCUGAAGAAAUGCCCCAGCAGCUACUUCUCUUUCCUCCUCCUCUUCCUCUGUCACUAAGACCCGGGCUAAGUCACCUCUAACAUGUCACUUAGGGAAAGUGCCAUGUUAGCAUAAAAGGGCACAAAGUUUUGAAUUAGGCCUGAGUUUGAAUCCCAGCUUCAUUGUGUGGGAUUUAUGGUGGGGACCUCUUAGCCUCAAUUUCCACAUGAGUGAAUUGGCAAAAUGAAGAAUACUUCUAAGGGUUUUUAGUUAGGAUUAAGUGAAAUAUAAAGUGCUUCGUAUCAGGCCUAGAAUUAGGUAAUACUCAAGAAAUGUUCCAUUUCUUGUUUCCAAAUCCUUUUUCUAAUUAUUCUUCAAAUGGGAUUAAAGAAACUGUGGUAGGACACAAACCUUACUCAGAAGGUUGCAUGACUGAAUUUGCUUAGGCAAAAAAAAUCGUUUCAUUAUAACAAGGCAUUAAAGGACAAAUUGUAUUGUUGAUGAAUUCAGAGACAUGACCAAGUUACCUCCUUCUCUAAAUAGAACAAAUAUUUUCAUUUUAUUGGUGAAGCUGUUGUCCUCUAGGGUCUCCUUGUGCUAUCCCCAUAUGCUACCUAGUUCCCGGGUCCCAAGCAGUUCACUCUCUGCACCUCCCUAGAUUUGGUGCCUGGUCUGCCCUGGACUUCUGUUUCAGUAUUCUAGCUUUUCAUGGAGGUGAACCCUCACCUUCUUGUUAGUAAAUCUCUGCCAACCAAAAUCAGAUAUAAGCCAUGAUUUGGAGAGGGAAAGAAUUUGGAAUACUUUGUUUCACUUAAUUAUCUGUGCUGAUGAAUGCUUAUGUCAGUAUUAAUAAAGGGGAAUUGAAAAUACUCUUUUCUACCUUCUUCCCCCAAAUUUGUGUUUCUGUCUCAGCUAGGCAAGAAUCAACAGGGUAUGUGAUACUAUUUUAAGCUGCUCCACAUCAGACUGAAAUCCUAAUUAUAGUUUAUAAGUCAAAUAGACCAAUUCAAUAGUGAUGCUUUUUGUACGGUACCUGUGCUAAAGUAGACAAGUAUACAGUUUUCUAUGAGAAAUCUGUUUCUAUAUUCUCAGAACUUAUAUCUUAGAAUGCCUUCCUUGCCAUCCCCCAACCCAACCAAUGCAGAGAUUAUGUCGGAACCCAUGAGCCACCCAAGCUGCUGUGUUCUUAUGCACAGCUCUCACCGUGGGGUUGAAAGGCAGUAUGAGGAGAAUUAGAAGUGCUGUAUUUUGUUCUAUAAAACAAUAAACUACUGUCUCAUGUACCAUUAAGAAAAUUACAAGAGUAUGCAGACUUAUGAUGACUCAUUCAGAGCAUGGGGAAUAGUUCAUGUGUUUGUUAAAUGAAAAUCAUAUGUAGCUAUUUAUGUAUCCCACAUCAUAACCAGAAAAACGUGUUUGUGAAUUUUCUAAACAAAGUGAUAUUUUAAACAUGAGUAAAUUUCAGUGUAUGCUUACCAGUUUACUAUUUGACUUUAUCUUCAGGUACAGAUAGUUUGUGGUACUACUGAAAAUACCUUUAAUAUUAUUAUUUUGAUCAGAAUUUGUAAUAUAUAAUCCAGUUUGGGACGAUGAAUAAAAUUUUUCUAAUCACUUGA